GCGGCUCGCAGCAAGCUGCGCUCGUAAAUUGCGUUUUCGCCGCUGUGAAAGGCGACCGCCGCAGCCGCUGCUGCCUCGCGUGCAUUCACCGCUCUCCGUAUCGAAUUUAUCGCGGCGAGAUCGAUACACGUUGGCUAGAGCCGGGCCUGGAUCGCUAAGGCUGCGCCUAGCCGACUGGCUAAGAGCGCCACCACACGUGGCUCGGGCGAACGUCGCCGGCAUGUCAUUGUGUGCGUGCGCUGCGAUUGUAUGGAAUCCGCCGAUUACGCCACAUACAUGCGUCCGGCCUUUGCCGUCGCGGGGUAAUAAUAAUAAUUAGCCGCCUCAUUAUUAUUACUGGAGGCGGCCGGCGUCGCCGCUGUCACCGCUCGCGGCAGAUAACCUCGCGCCUCCACCAGACACCGCCGUGCGCGCCGCCGCGUAUACUUACUUACGAACUACCGUGAUUGUGACUUGCUAUAUUAUAGUGCUGUUUACCUUGUGAUUUGGAUUGCCACAUCGCUAGUUCAUCGGCUUAUCAGUUCAACUUAUCAGGUUAUCGGACAUUGGAGAAAUACAUUAGGACUUAGGGUGUAAGUGCAGUGCGAGACAGCCACGUGUGAUACAGUGUCAUAACCAAGUGUAGUGUCAGCCGCAGUGGACGGCCGGUGCCGCAGUGUAGUGCAGUGAGUGAGUCGGUGACUCGUGCGUGAGUGUGUGAGUGAGGCGCCGGCGUCGGCGUCGAUCAAUGCGGGUGCGCCGAUGGAGCGGUGAUCGCAGCUUCACUACUUCACAAGGGCAGCGCUGGUAAUAUGGGCCAGUGCGAGCUAAGACUCAGCCCUUGAGGCACUCCGGCUAAAUGAGACAAAACAAACAAUUGUGACGCGCUGCGGUGUAGUAGUUAAAGCGGCUCUGCCGCUUUAAAUGGACAAACGGAAGAUGCUGCCAAAGAGAGCGCGUAUGGAUAGCAUGCGGGGCCCCAUCAACAAUGGGCCCCUACAGUCGAGACCACUGGUGGCGCUGCUGGACGGGCGCGACUGCACGGUGGAGAUGCCCAUCCUCAAGGACGUGGCCACCGUCGCCUUCUGCGACGCGCAGUCCACCAGCGAGAUACAUGAGAAGGUGCUGAACGAGGCGGUGGGCGCGCUGAUGUGGCACACCAUCAUCCUGACCAAGGAGGACCUGGAGAAGUUCAAGGCGCUGCGCAUCAUCGUGCGCAUCGGCUCCGGCGUCGACAACAUCGACGUCAAGGCGGCCGGGGAACUAGGCAUAGCGGUAUGCAACGUGCCGGGCUACGGCGUGGAGGAGGUGGCGGACACCACGCUGUGCCUCAUCCUGAACCUGUACCGGCGGACCUACUGGCUCGCCAACAUGGUGCGCGAGGGGAAGAAGUUCACAGGUCCGGAGCAAGUCCGCGAGGCGGCGCUGGGCAGCGCGCGCAUCCGCGGCGACACGCUCGGCAUCGUGGGGCUCGGCCGCAUCGGCUCGGCGGUCGCGCUCCGGGCCAAGGCGUUCGGCUUCAACGUCAUCUUCUACGACCCCUACCUGCCCGACGGCAUCGAGAAGAGUCUAGGGCUCACCAGGGUCUAUACGCUUCAGGACCUCCUAUUCCAGAGUGAUUGUGUAUCAUUGCAUUGCAGCUUAAACGAACACAACCACCAUCUUAUCAACGAGUUCACUAUCAAACAAAUGCGCCCAGGCGCGUUUCUGGUGAACACGGCGCGCGGCGGGCUGGUGGACGACGAGGGGCUGGCGGCGGCGCUGAAGCUGGGCCGCAUCCGCGCCGCCGCGCUCGACGUGCACGAGAACGAGCCCUUCAACGUGUUCCAGCAGGGCCCGCUGAAGGACGCGCCCAACAUCAUGUGCACGCCGCACGCCGCCUUCUACUCGGACGCGUCGGCGCAGGAGCUGCGCGAGAUGGCCGCCAGCGAGAUCCGGCGCGCCAUCGUCGGCCGUAUACCAGACUGCCUGCGCAACUGUGUCAACAAGGACUACUUCCUAGCGGGCACGGUGCCGCUGCUGCCGCCGCACACGGCGCCGCCCUCGCUGCCGUCGCAGCCGCCGCCGCCCAGCUCCUACAGCGAGGGCACCUCGCCGCGCAUGAACGGCGGCUACUACGGCGCGGGCGGCGGCGGCGGCGCGCAGGCGGCGCACUCCACGACGCCGGGCGUGCCGGGCGCGCCGCCGCCCGCGCCGCACGACGCGCCGCCCGCCCCGCCGCCGCAGCAGCCGCCGCCGCAGCCGCCCAUCACACUCGUGAGUACCGCCACUAGCCUUGUUACUCAGCGCCGCACUCCGCCCGCCACCUCCGAUCAACACGCCCGACCCGGCGAACCAUCAGAUUAAACAAGACAAUAGUGACGUGCACUAGACUCUGGACAACAAUAGUUUUAUCACACACCCGACGCAAGCGAAACUACGUCUCAACACCGCGCCGCAAAGACCACUCCGGCCCGACGCCGCCGCCGCGCGUAACAGACGCCGCGCGACAUCAACACCUACCGAAUAUAAUGGGUCAAUCUUAUAGAUUGGUUGGGUCAUAGAGGAUUUAUAACCAUUGCUGUUGUAUUGAGCGCUCUUGCUAAGUUCGUUUUUGCGCCACUGUUGAUUUAUUACAAUAAAAGACUUGACAAGGAGCAAUUGUGACGCGCCAACGAAUACAAAAUGCGUAUUUUAGUUUGAGCUGAAACUAUUUAGGCGAUACUAGUCGCCUGUUUAACUAAACGCAGUACUUAUGUGCAACUACGUUAAUAGAUGCAAAUGUUUUGCUCAUAAUUAAUACAUAGUCAUAUCGAAUGCGAUGCUUUGUCAAAACGUGAUCGAGUGACUGACUAGUGGAAUUAGACAGUAAGGAAAGCUUUGUAUGUAAGUGAAGGGAUGCAGUAGGAGAAUCACCGUCGGGGUCUGUUACGCGCGACGCGAACUCGCACGAUAUUUGAGAAUAUUGAGUGUACGCUACUACUGUGUUAGUACAUGUGUUUCGGUUAAGUUCGGGCAGCUAGCUGAGGCGAGCGUGUCAGAGACUGACAGUCCGCGCCGCCGCCGUGCGCAGUGUGCACAGAUUGUGCAGAUUGCGCAGCCGGCCGUGCAGCCGCGGCCAGCAUUUGUUCGCAUUUGACGUCCCACACAGGCCACAUUGGUACAGUUAAUUUUAAGGUUAAUCAACAAAACGACUGUAGAAUUUUAACAUCACACUUUAUAAAAACGAGAAAACAGCUCCUUGUGUUUUUCUUUUAUUUUGAAAUGUACAAAAUCAUGCUUUCAUUUGAUUACAUUUUUUUUCUAAAUAGAUUUUAAGUGAGGAUAUUGUAAAUGAUGCUGAUCAGCAUUGUGAGAUGAGUUUGUGAGCUCCGCGGGUCCCCGGACCACUCGCGAGAUAUUGGUAUUUAAAAUUAGUAUUUACUUACAUUUUAGUUUAAUGACAAAAACAAUGUGUAUAUUUUAUGAGGAAGUGAAAAAGUUCUUAAAUAAAACUAUUGUUUUCGGAUUA